CGAACGUCGGCAAGAAUCGCGAUGGCGUCAGCAAGAGGGUCAAGAUGAAGCCGCAAUUGCAAGUGUCCGGCUUGCGAAAAACGCUCUUAGUGAUUUCCAACCUGCAAAAGGCAGUGCGACGGGGCGAAGUCGCUGCUGCGGUUGCAAGCGCAGUCUUUUUGAUUCACACUCACCAAGAUGCCGAACUGCUUAUCCUGUGCAAAAGUAUCGUACUCGUAUUGCAAUCAUGCAUUGCAAAUCUUUUUGUUAAGGUAAUUCUGCAUCAUCAUGCUGAGGAGAUUUAUAAUGCAUUUAUACGAGUUCGAGAUCGAGUACGAUGCUUUUGCAUUUCAUACUGCUGCGGCGUCUCGUAAUUAUUUGCGUCGAGGAUGUAGCUCCAUCCGCAGACUUGCCUCAACUAGUGUGGCUCAUGGUUGCCGUUUCCUCACUAAGGUAUCGACUCACAGACCAGGAUGUUUUCUUCGUGUUGCACUUUGUAGCAUGGAUAACGGCGUGGCCGCGUUGCGGCUCCACAUCUUCAGCCGGACUGAUUGGUGACGCUCGGCAACGUCAACAAGGGCUCUCACGACCGGAGGAGGUGCUCACAGGAGUAGAAGUGAACUCAGCUUGGAAAAAGCGCACUUUCGAUGUUGACCACGCGCGACACACUACAGGCCUUAGUUCAACGCCUAUAACUGCGGAACACAUGGAAAUGGCCCCAACUACCAGCUCCAUCUCCAGCACUAGGCAACACGCAGCAUUGUACGUCGCAGCUUCUGUGAACGAGCCAGCCGGAGAAAGAGUAGUAGAAGAUGAAAUAGAUCUCUUGGAGACAUCUUCACCGGCGCUGACGCCAGCGGAAAGUUUGUAUCUGCAGCGCGUUAUCGCAAGCGGCGACAUGCAAUCGCUGCGAAGAAUGUGGUCACCGUUGCAGGUGGCACUCUUUGUUCGCGCUUGCUAUGGAGGCAUGAGCUGCGACAUCUCGAUGUUGCUUGCGACCAUCAAACGCCUAUCCUGUAGAGCGACGGAAAUGAAACCACAAGAGCGCCCAGCCGUUUCAGAAACUUCACAACAAGGCCUCACACAAGUCGUUCCCAAGUGUGGAGGUAACACCUCCACCGCAUUGCUUUCGCACUUCUGCGAAAUAUUAGCGUCCAAGCUGUGCAGCGUAACUGAGCAGAGCGAUACACGCACACCGCAGAUGCAUAAUUUUGAGAAUGAAAAGCGAUCAUCUGGAGGGGGCUCCAGCACCUGCGCAACUACCGUGACAGAACCCCGACCAGUCGUAACCCCACAGCUGCCAGCGCAGAUACAAAUGCACGACCGUCCUCUCCUGGACCUUCCUCCGGAGUCCUGCUUGCCCGAAGCGGUAGACUUUCACUGCAGCAACAUUUUACAAGAGGUAAUGCGCCGGCAUGGCUUUACCGACGAUGUGGGCAAAACGGCAAUUUGGCAAUCCAGGUCUUCGCUAAAUUUUCGCGGCGCGCUUCAAACUUUAACUCCAGGGGUCGGGCAAAACGUGCGCUUGGGCACCAGCACCGGGGAGCAGGUGAACGCUUCCAAGGCGGAAGAGCGAAUGCGCGCGUUCAUUGUUGCGUUUCUCGAGUUGGUGCAGUUGCCCCCGAGAGCGGCUCCUGAGAUGAAAAGUAGGUCCAUCGCUGGAAAUCCAAAUCAUCAUCAACCCGAACAAAGAGAAGCGCCAUUCACUAGUAAGGUUGAUCGGGCCUUGGACGCGUACGCGAACGCAGUAUGGAGCAAGCGAGAACACACUGUUGCUGUCAAGCUCGAUGAUGUUCCCGAGGUGUGUGGUGAAAAAGAGAAGAACACCGCUGCAAUAGCGACAAACCACAGCGCACUAUCCUCGUCACACGCGGCAAGGAAUAGAGGCAAGAACGGUAGAAGUGGCCCUGCGCCUGCUGGUAAAAUGAGUCAACCGAGUGUCCUGUCCUUCUUCACUAAGAGGCCCGUAGCAAGGAAGGCAGAGGACGCAGUUGCCGAUACUAGUUGUAGCGCGAAGCGGGCAAAGAUGUGCGGAACUACGAACCAGGCCGCGCGCCAGGUCGACGCGAGUAGCGUCGAGUUGAAGAACUGUGAUGCACUCAUACUUGACUCGACCAGCAGCAGUAGCGGCCGCCAAAAGCAACAACACAUCGCCACUCUGGCCGUUCCUCCUGUGGUCCCUGGUGGUGGUGGAGCAAUCAUUAGGAAAACCAAAAAAAGUGAAACUGUACCCGAUAACACGAAAGAAGUGAUUCUUCUUUCUGACAGCGAUUGA